AUGCUGUGGGCAGUUGACGUUAUCGAUGCCGCAUCCAAGCAGCGUGGACAGGGUCAUGGGAUGGUCCUCGUCGUGGUUGUGGUUGGAGUUGGGAGGGGCGGAGCCCCGGGCUUCCCUGAUGGCUUGGAGGUCGGCGUCUUUGAGACGGUCCCAGUCGGGCUCAUUCCCGAAGUUGUGGAAGAACGAGACAAGCUCCCCGGUGGUGCGCGGCGUCCGCCUGGUGAGGCAGGUGAGGUAGGAGGCCAAUCUCAGCAGGGGAUCAUCGCCGCCGCAGGUGGGAGUGAGGAUGUCGUUGAGUAUGUUGCCAGUUUGCUGAGAUGCAGGCAAAUCCUCCCUCUUGAAUCCCAUGUUGACGCGGGUCUUGCGGCAGAUGUCGCACGGGUCGAAGGGAUGUGUCUCGAACUUGGAGUCGGGGGCGUCAGUCAGGAAGGCCUGGAGGGGGGACAUCUUGGCAUCACGGCCGUACGGACAAUCCUGCCAACCACCUUCAGAUUCCUUCCGAUUACACUGCGCCUUUAG